AUGCAUAUGCAAGUUAGUAAGUACUAUCUGCGCGAGCGAGACUCAUUUAUCAUUAUCGCACAAGUGCUGACUGCUUGGUCUCGUAGCUGCUCCCGAAGAUCUCGAACAAGCUAUGACCACAAGUUGUACCUGAUAGCUUCUGAGAUGUUGAAUUUAUUGAGACACCGUGAAAAUGAGGAACUUAGGUCUACUUUUAUUCAAUCUGUACCUGGUACUCUGCACUCGAUCAUGACUUCUUCCAGCAUAUGUUGUUCAGAAGUUGUCAACUCAAGUGAUAAAGCCUGCUAUCAAAAGUCAAAAGUUGCCGGGCCGUUCCGCUACGAAAUGAUACUGUAAUACUUUUAUUUAUGCACUAUACAAAUCAAAAAACCGGAGAAGAUUAAAGAUAUCGCGAGCUGCUUUCUAAUUUUUGCCUUUUUCGAAAUGUUUGCAUCCUUAGACAAGAACUCGUCCCAUAUCUAUGGUGAGGAGCUGCGCGAAGGAUGUCGAAACAAAAAUCAUCAUGUUGUUUUGCUGUACUAUAACAAUAACUGUUCCCUAGAAAUGUAGUGAAUUUUGUGAAUUUCGAAUGUUAUAAAAAGAAGCUAUCGAUUAUGAAUCGGAAAAGAACCUAAAUCGAAGCUUUGACUUUCUGGUCCAAUUGAGGUGAUUAGUGAAAACUCCACGUCGCCACAAUUCAUCCUUCUAGAGUCGAAUUCAUAGUGGAGAAGAAAGAGAAUUUGUUGAGAAGGAUUUGUAUAGCAAACAGACCACACCUAAAGAACGCUACUAAGGAUCGAGAAUGAUGAUGAAAAGUAUGACCACAUCUGCAAAAAAUCAGUACUUUAUAUUUUCUGUAAACCCGCCACCGCCUGGAUGUAUUUUUAACGUCAACUUACUACUUAUGAUCUGCAUUAUUUUUAAAGCAAGAACUAGGCACUGACUCUUUCUAUGCACAAGCAUGGAGUACAUGGCCAAUUCCAACUUUUUUCCAAGAAAUAAAGGGACCACAACAUAGCUAUGAAGGCACAGCAGGUGGCAUGAAGUACAUGGCCAAUUCCUACUUUUUUCCAAGAAAUAAAGGGACCACAUAGCUAUGAAGGCACAGCAGGUGGAAUGAAGAACGUGGAGGAGUUUUUUGCCAAUCUCUACUUUCUAUAUUGGCCAGAGCCAGUCUGCUGGUGUACAUGAGAAACAUCAAAUGAGUGGCACUAUUAAAUUGGUACAGAAAAUUUGCUCCCGAGCUGUGGCGGUAGAGGUAUUUUUGUCAAACUUAUCGUCUAUUUUUUCUUCGCGCCCUUUACUACAGCACCCUAGUAAAACAAGUUGCCGCUCAUGUAGAUGUACGAUAAAUUGCUGUAGUACCAAAGAACCCCCCUACCAUUCGACCUUUGCUGGUCGGGUGAGACCGAAAGAAUUAUCGACCUUUACUGAUCGGGUGAGACCGAAAGAAUUUGCUGCAAAUGAAGUUUAUUUUAUCCCCCCGCCGGUCGUUACAGCUUGCUGGCCAUUUCUAUUUGUGGCCCUGCUUAUUUACAACCAGGAAGGUCAAGGUGAAUUUCCAUGCGCAGCAGAGUUUUUCUCAUCUUUAUCAAUCUCUUUGGGUACGACACGCAAGAAUUACGAGCCUAGCUACUGAACACCUUGCUGGUUCGCUGCUGCACUAUGGACUAGAAAACGAAACAAAUAAUAAGAAAGAAGGAGAAUAAACGAAGAUGGUAGAUCAUUUGAGAGAAAAAUACAUCCUCCACCGACUCAGCAAGGAGUAUGAUUUCGGUACUUUUUAUACUUUUUCCUAGCUGGAAACCUGAAGAUGAUGUGAACGAAGUGCAAGUGGGUGAAUUCAAAAAAGAUUUCUCUCAACUUCGCUUCGCUACAUGAUUUUUCAUUUUCUUUACUAGUACUACAUAAAAGCGAACGACAUAUAUCUUCUAAUUUGGCACUGCAAGCGUCCUGUAGUUCUCCUGACAAGGAAUCUGAAAAAUAGUUAGCCGACAAAAAACUACACGCAUAUUGCUCAUGCUCCACCCGUACCGUACGCGGUGAGUGUUUGUGGUAGAGCGAGUUGAUUUUUUUGUUGGUGAGUGUGAAGAAAGAACAUGAUCAAGACCACUUGUUCCAUGGGAGAAAGAAUAAAGCAGGAGCUUCACACUUAACGGGAGGGGACAAUUAUACACAAAAAAAAGUACAACAAAUGAUAAAAGGCGCUUUGAUAUUUGAAAGGAGUGCAAGUGCUGAAGAUCCUACAAAUAAGUAGCCGCAUUGCGAUGGACGUUUGUAACGUUUGGAGGCUCAAUUGUUCCUAAGCGAAGUGAAAACUUAGGUGCAAUUUCAGCUUUUGACGUUUUCAUCGGAUGUCCUGCACAUGGUAUCGAUACAACACGAAAUUGUCCCCACUGAACUGCUAGUACAUCAAAAACUGUACACCAAGCAACUAACUACUCCGCUUGCUUUUCAUCUUAUCUGCGCUUUAUUUUUCAGUACGGCAAGGGUAAGCUAAUGUUAAGCAGAACGGAGGUAGAGAACAAAUUGGGAGGAAGAUAUGGUCGCACGCUCGUAGUACUCUGUCGUGCGGAAAACACUAACUUCUGCAUUUUGAACCACAACCCGUUGCUCGUUGAUUUUACAAUUUACUACCCCGAAAAAAUGAAAAAUGAAAAAAUAUAUACGUUUCGACGUGUGAGGAGGCACUAGUGUUGAGC